UGCUUGGCCACAGACAGACAAAGAUUGAAGAAACAAACACAUUAGUACUAGUGAGAGCUCUGUUUUUUUCCCAAACCCUUCUUCACUCCUAAAGCUCUUUAGGAGGGAAGAGGCAAUGGAGAUGAAGAUGAAUAAAAUUUCACAAUUUAGUGCCUCAAAACCCCUUAAACAUGUUCACAAAACCAUUCUUCUACUCACCAUAUAUGCCAUUUUCAGUUCGGCUCGAGCUUUCGACUACGCGGAAGCUCUCUCAAAGAGCCUACUCUACUUCGAAGCACAGCGCUCCGGCCGCUUACCUUACAACCAGCGCGUCACUUGGCGCGACCACUCCGGCCUCACCGACGGCCUCGAACAAGGCGUGGAUUUGGUUGGAGGGUACUAUGAUGCCGGCGACCAUGUCAAGUUCGGGUUACCAAUGGCAUUUACAGUUACCAUGCUAUCAUGGAGUGUUAUAGAAUAUGGCGAUUUAAUUGCGGCGGCCGGGGAGUUGGAACAUGCCCUAGAGGCAAUAAAAUGGGGGACUGAUUAUUUCAUUAAAGCACACACUAGCCCAAAUGUGUUAUGGGCAGAGGUGGGUGAUGGCGACACCGAUCACUACUGCUGGCAACGGCCGGAGGACAUGACAACGUCCCGGCAAGCGUACAAGAUCGACGAGGAGAAUCCUGGUUCGGAUCUUGCUGGAGAGACGGCAGCAGCAAUGGCGGCCGCGUCGAUUGUGUUCAAGAAAAUUAAUCCACAUUAUUCUCACCUGCUAUUGCACCAUGCCCAACAGUUGUUUGAGUUUGGGGACAAGUACAGAGGGAAAUAUGACACGAGUGUGGAAGUGGUGAAGAGCUACUAUGCGUCGGUGAGUGGGUACAUGGAUGAGUUGUUGUGGGGAGCUAUGUGGCUCUACAAAGCCACCGACAACGCUGAGGCUGAGGACUAUUACUUCAAGUACCUAAUUGACAAGUCUCAUUGUUUUGGUGGCAUUGGUUGGUCUAUUACGGAGUUCAGCUGGGACGUCAAGUACGCUGGUCUCCAAAUUAUGGCUGCUAAGUUGCUAAUGGAGGACAAGCAGAAGAAGCACAAAUACAUCCUAGACCAAUACCAGUCAAAAGCCGAGCACUACAUCUGCUCAUGCCUCAACAAAAACAACGGUACCAACAACGUUGAUCGCACUCCAGGAGGCCUUUUAUUCAUCCGGCAAUGGAACAACAUGCAAUACGUAUCCUCGGCCGCAUUCCUUCUCACCGUAUACUCAGACUUCCUCAAAAGUUCAAACCAGAAGCUCACCUGCCACGGAGGAGUGGUUAGGCCAGAAGAGCUCUUCGACCUAGCCAAAGCUCAAGUGGACUACAUUUUGGGGUCCAACCCCAUGAACAUGAGCUACCUAGUGGGAUAUGGUACUAAAUACCCCACAAGGAUGCACCACAGGGGUGCAUCGAUCGUGUCCUACAGAGAGAACAAAGGGUUCAUUGGGUGCACCCAAGGGUAUGACAAUUGGUACAGUAGAGAGGAGCCAAACCCGAAUGAUGUUGUUGGAGCAUUAGUUGGAGGACCUGAUUGUCAAGACAAUUUCAGUGAUCAAAGAGGGAACUACAUGCAAACUGAGGCUUGCACUUACAAUACAGCACCAUUGGUUGGGGUUUUUGCAAAGUUGAAUCAAUUGGGUGAUAAACAAGUGAUUCCAAAUUUGAAUUUGAUUGCUUCUUUUUAGAUAUAUAUCUAGGUCAGUUUGUUUUGCAAGAAAAUAAUUGUUUUGUUAUAAGUGCGUUUUUUUUUUUUUUUUUCCGUGGGUGAAUUUUUAUCAGCUGUAACCCAUUUUGUAUCUCUUCAUUUAUGUGUUCAUAAUACGAAAUUAGCAUAUAUGGUAAGGAAGGUGAUUUCUCUUUUGUUAUUAAGCUGCCUUUCAAUCAUCAUUAGAGAUGUUUAAAGGUAGCUGAGACCCGAAGCAAUCCUCA